GUAGCUGUAACUCUUCUGGCCACAACCUCACAUCGAGAUCAGAGUCAACAGACCCCGCGCGCAACAGACGGACUCGACACGUCAUGCAGCUUUACGCGAGUCUCCCGUUGAAUUUGCAGUCGCUCUUCGUGAAUCAUGUCUUCGCACUCGCGUUGCUUGCGUGUUCGGCGAUAGUGGUUAAAUUACUGAUUAAGAGGAGGAGGAGGAUGCGAACUCUGGAGCCUUUUCCAGGACCUCCUGCACACUGGCUCCUCGGACACGUCAAGGAGUUUCACCAGGAUGGACAUGAUUUGGAAAAGAUUAUGAAGUGGAGUGGACAGUAUCCCUUUGCAUUUCCGCUGUGGUUUGGCCCAUCAUUGUCCAUUUUGAACAUCCACCACCCAUCAUAUGUGAAGACCAUUCUCUCUACAACAGAACCCAAAGAUGACUAUGCAUACAAGUUUUUCAUCCCUUGGUUAGGCGAUGGCUUACUUUUGUCUGCUGGACAGAAAUGGUUUCGGCAUAGACGGCUCCUCACUCCUGGUUUCCAUUAUGAUGUUCUGAAGCCUUAUGUGAAACUUGUUUCUGAUUCAACCAAAGUCAUGCUUAAUAAGUGGGAAGUUUAUGCUAAAUCAGAAGAGUCAUUUGAACUGUUUAAGCAUGUAAGUCUGAUGACGCUGGACAGCAUCAUGAAAUGUGUGUUCAGCUGUAACAGCAACUGUCAGACAGACAGUGGAACCAACCCGUACAUCCAGGCGGUGUAUGACCUCUGCCACCUGGUGAACAUCAGGUUCAGAGUGUUUCCUUACCACAGCAAAGCCAUAUUUCAUCUCAGUCCACAUGGAUACAAAUUCAGGAAGGCGACUAGAAUAGCACACAGUCAUACAGCGGAAGUUAUCAGAAAGAGGAAGGAGGUCUUGAAGAUUGAGAAGGAACAAGGCAUUGUUAAAAACAAACGAUAUAUGGACUUUUUGGAUAUUCUUCUGUCUGCCCGAGAUGAGCAUCAGCAGGGUUUGUCAGAUGAGGAUAUCAGGGAUGAAGUAGACACAUUCAUGUUUGAAGGCCAUGACACCACAGCCAGUGGAAUAUCUUGGAUCUUCUACAAUCUGGCAAGUAACCCUGAGCACCAGGAGAAAUGCAGGGAGGAGAUCCUGCAGGCUCUGGAUGGAAAAGACACAGUGGACUGGGAAUACCUCAAUAAAAUUCCUUAUACCACAAUGUGUAUUAAAGAAUCCCUGCGGCUUUGCCCUCCUGUCCCGGGAAUAUCACGAAAGCUGACUAAACCCUUGACUUUUUUUGAUGGACGGACUGUACCUGAAGGUUUUAUCGUUGGAAUUAGCAUUUAUGGGAUCCACAUGAAUACCACAGUAUGGGAGAAUCCAUGUGUAUUUGAUCCGUUGAGGUUUCUGCCGGAGAACGUUGCUAAGAGGUCACCGCAUGCUUUUGUGCCCUUCUCUGCUGGACCCAGAAACUGCAUCGGACAGAACUUUGCCAUGAAUGAGAUGAAAGUUGCAGUGGCGCUGACACUGAAGAAAUACCACCUGAUUAAAGACCCACAGCACACCCCGAAGAUGAUCCCUCAAAUCAUCCUCAGAUCACUUAAUGGAAUUCACAUCAAGAUCAAACCAGUAGAAAAUGAUUCAUGAAAAAUGGUACAUUGAGCCUGUUUGGAUGCUAGGAGGUGUGUUUACCUUCAGAAGAAUGAUUCUGACUUAAUUUAAAUAGUUAAUACACAUUUAACAGCUGGAAACUGGAUGGUUAGUGAAUAAGAAACCAAUUUUUGAAAUAUUACACACUAAAGUGGCACCACUAUUUAGUGAAUUCAGCCCUUAAAUAAAUUUGUUGCUAAAUAUCACCGUUUGCUCUUUACUGCUUGGUUGCUUUUAAUCAUGGCAUCAGAAGA